AUGGUAUCCAUAUUUCCAUGCUUUAAAAAAACACUCACCAGGACCGAUGUUGAGCGCAACUUGGAAAUUCCAAACAGGACACCGUUUUUGCCAGACGGAAAUGGGCUCAUGCUUGUGCGUGACCGAUUCGGAGUCACGUAUCAAUUCAUAGCAUCAGAAAGAAGAGGAGGGAGGCGUUCUCUUACUAACGACUGGCACGCUUUUGCAGUAUCAAAGAGUCUUCAAGUCGGCGAUCCUCUGAGGAUUUGUCGGUUGGAGAAUGGGAAUGAAUAUGUGGUGCAGGUGGGAAUCGAACUCUUUGGACCUCACUUAGUUUGGGAAACACUUCCUCUGCGCAUAGUGAAGAGUACAAGGUUUAAGAGAUUUCUUGACAGGUUUGAUCAACUUGGAGGUCUCUUCAAUGGAGAAUCAGGGUUUGGUUUUGUGAUGAAAACGACAUCGAUUCAGUUGGGUUUCUCGUCUUCUUCUUCGAGCUUCUAA